AAUAAGCGUCAUUUCGUCUUCCUCAUCAACUCUAGAUACUCCCUAGAUGGUUCUGAUUCCAAAUUACAAAUAAAUCACUCACAUUUGCCUGGACCUUUCAUGAUCUUUUUCAAUGUACGCCUCUCUUGCCGUGAUCAAACUCGCCUACCACGACCUCAACCCGACAAAGACACGAGAAAUCAAUCUCACCGCCGAUUGGCCGUGGCGAAAUUCACGGCGAAGUCUAUGAUGACAAUACCUAAGUGUGUUUGCUCGGUAUGGCCUCCUCGCCUCCGUCAAGUGACGGCUCACUUGCCCGUUAGUUCAAACUACUAUGGAGGCAACCCUCUCUCCUCCCUCUCUUCUAUUCCGCCGACCUGUAGUAUAGAGGGGGCGGGACCCGCGAGAAUUGACGCUAUACUCAAGCAAGGAACCCCCAUGAACAUCUUACACGCGAACUACUCUCGCGUAUGUAAGAGAACCUGUGUGCUGGCAGCUCGCUACCUGUAA